GGUCUUAACUGCAAUGUCAUCGAUCUGAUGCGCACAUCAUAAUUCCCUUCUGGAAAGAAUGCAGAUUUCUUAAGAGGGUUAGGUGCAAAUCAAAGAAAGCGGAGCAGGUUAACCCAACCAUCUAAACGAAGGUACAAAACUGCAACCAAACCGAUCCAUAUUAACACUGAAACUUAAAACGACUACAUUCAACAGGAGCCAUUUCCUGCAUCAUGCUCCCCCGAUUCAUCUUCUGUGGCUCUGUGAUUUUAGCCACACUCGCAGUGAUCCUCCUAGCCUUGUUCUCGCCUGUGGCUCACCGACGCCAAUCGAAGAACCAGUCGCUGCCAUGGCUCGCCCUCUCUCUGUACAUCCAGCAACCGAGCACUCCGAGCUCAUAUAAUCAGCAGGUGACAGGAUCAGAAGGGGGAGCAUUCACAUUCCACCGAACGCUCACAGAGGGCCCCGAGAACACUUCCAGAGUCAUUGGCCGAGCUCAAGGCUUCAUCAUCCCCAUCGAACACUUUGCACAUUCGGCAUUUAAUGUUAUCUAUCUGACUUUUAACACGGCAACAUACUAUGGUAGUCUUGGUGUAGAGGCGAGGCACAUCACUCAUGAGGACAGACAAGAGCUUACUGUUGUCGGUGGAACAGGCGAUUUUGCCUUUGCCCGUGGACUGGCUGUUUUUGCUGAAGCAGAAAAGCAUUCAUCUGACGUCAAUCCAACUACUUACCACAUCAAGUUGGAACUGAAGGUCCCUAACAGGUCUCAGACCAUCCCAGGAUGAUGCACAGUUCAAUUUAAAAGAUUGUGCUACACAUAUUUUUGUACAUUUUUUGGCAACUCCUCCAAUUCUCUUGCUUAGAAUCACCCUGUAUUAAUUUCUAACAGAUGAAAAUGAGAAAGCAGCAGCAACGAUUUGGAG